AAUAUAUCAACGUCGUGAAGUUAGGGCAAUCCUGUAGGUAUGAGUAAACAGUGGGGGCCCUUUUCAAUUACAUAUACAAGAGCACGUUGCUAUUGCCACCGCGUCUCGCUUGCCUUAUUUAAUCUAUAUACUACAUGUCAUCUCCCUCAUCACUUCCAUCUAUAUAAGUACACAAAUCUCUUACCUCUUCUUGAUCUGAAGAAAAAUGGAGUCCGCCAAGGAACCAGCUCAAGCUGUCCCUUUUUCCUCUCCUUUCCUCCCUUCAAGCAGGUGGUGGUCCAAGGAAACGGUGGCUAUCGUCACCGGAGCGAACCGGGGGAUUGGGUUUGCACUGGUGCAGCGCUUGGCAGAAUUGGGACUCACUGUAAUCUUAACUUCUAGAGACUCAGAGCGGGGCCACUGUGCUGCUCAGGCGCUGAGAGCCCAAGGACUUCACGUUCACUGCUUAAGCCUCGAUGUCUCCGACCCUGCUUCAAUCAAGACUUUCGUAGCAUUGUUCCGUAUGAAAUUCGGAACGUUGGAUAUCCUCGUGAACAAUGCAGCUGUCUCCUUCAAUGAGAUCAAUGAGAAUUCAGUGAAGCAUGCGGAGACAGUGAUCAAUACCAAUUUCUAUGGAGCAAAGUUACUUACGGAGGCUCUCUUGCCCAUGUUUCGUCGCUCCCCUUCCACUAGUCGGAUUCUUAAUAUUAGCUCUAGACUUGGCUCACUAAACAAGCUCAGAAAUCCAGAUAUAAAAAACAUACUAGAAAGUGAAAAUUUGUCGGAGGAGCAGAUCGAGGCUGUGGUAAGAUUGUUUCUUCAAGAUGUGAAAAAUGGAAGAUGGGAGUGGCAAGGGUGGCCAAAAUUAUGGACAGAUUAUGCAGUGUCAAAGCUGGCACUAAAUGCAUACACAAGGGUUUUAGCAAAGCGGUACGAGGGAAGAGAUAUAAGUGUGAAUUGCUUCUGUCCCGGUUUCACUCAGACAUCUAUGACUGGUGGAAAAGGAAAGCAUACAGCCGAGGGCGCUGCAGAUGUUGGAGCUAGGCUGCUCCUGCUUCCUCCUCAGGAGCUACAAACUGGAAAAUUCUUUGUUGGAAGCAGCAGCAGUGCUAGUACUGCUGCUUCUGUCGUUAAUUCUAAAUUAUAAUUAGUUAUUUUAAUUAAUUUUUAUUUCUGCAUCUUAUAAAAAAAAAAUAUUUAUAUAUAUAUAUAUAUUUAUCAAUAUCCAA